GAGACUUUUCGUUCCGCCCUCGCAACGCCCUCUCUGCCCGGCUUGUCCAUCACCAUUCUCUCCCUCCCUCUCCCUCACUGCCUCUCUCUGCAACUCCAUCCCAAUGCCCAUUCCACCCUCCUGCCGUCUUGCCCACAAUGGUCGAUCCACUCCCUUCUCCCCGCGCUUGAGUCCAGUGUUCUGAUUCCUCGUCCUGUGCAUCUUGCCCCGGUCUCCAGGUGGGCAUCGUCACCGGACUCUGUGGCCUCGCCGUCCUCCUUGCUAAGCGUAACUCCAUCUCGCCUGAUCCCCUCGCCAUUAGCUGCUUUUGGCUGAACGUUCUCUCGCCUCCUACGUCUUCUCUUGUGUUCCCUGAUUCCUAUCUCCCCUUGGUCGUCAAGCCCACACCUAGUCCGUCUGACUCGACCACGCACUCUCACCCUUUCGCCCCCUCCUCUACUCUGGCUCGUCCUUGUGCCCGUUGAGCUGCUCAUCGCUCGACCAUCUACCCGAUCACCCCUUUAAACAUCGUUUUUCGGAGAGAAAAUCCGUCCCGUUUCGCACGCUCUCAACGGCCUUCGUCGGGCCUCUCGGGUUCGUCAUGUCGACUCCCUCCACUGCCACUGCCACCCAUCCGGCGAAUCAUCCGCACUACCGAUAUCCUCACCAGUCCUCCUUCCACUCCAACGUUACCGCGUACCCUGCGGCCACCUCCUCCUCAUCCUCCUCCGCCGCCGUGGCCGCAACCCGCGUCACCAACUACAACUAUCCCUGCCAGCCUGCCGCCGCCGCCCUCCCUCCUCCCUCGUCCUCCGCCUCCAAACCAUCUCAAGCCCAGCCGGCCAUGGCGGCAUAUCAGACGUCCACCACCCUCCCAACGGCCCAAAGUCGUCGGAGAAAGCCGAAUUGGAACGAGUUCUACAAAAAUGGCGUCCCCAAGGAAAUUAUCGUCAUUGAUGACGACGAGGAUGAUCCACAAAAUACAUCUGCGGCCAACUCUGUUUACACAUCAUCCACCGUGAAGCCUUCCUCUAUGGCCUCCUACGGCAAUGGCGUCGCUGCACAGCCUGCGAGCAAGAAGCGACGCACCGGUGUCGAAACGACUUACGACCUUUCAUAUCAUGAUCCUCCAAGCUACUCCGUGGCCGUCCAACAGUAUGGUGAAGGCUCUUCGGGGACCUCACUCUCUACGGACCGUACUGCCUCUCUUCACACCACUGCACCGACGUCGUUGGGAUCCCACGGCAGCGCCCCGACCAAUAAUGUGUACUACGAAGAUGCCGCGAUCGGCCAGAAGCGCAAACGGGUCGUAACACGCAAGGCAGCCCGCGAUGAGCAGAAACGUCGAGAGUUGGAAAUCGCUGGAUACAGCACAUAUAUUCCACCCCCUAAGCCGCCCAUCAAGGCGAAGGAUGUUUAUGUUCCUGUGAUCCGCGACCCCAACUUUACAAAACAUUCCAAGGUUGACGACGAUGAUGGCCAUUACAUCGUCACUCCUGAUACAAAUUUGACUGAUCGAUAUUCGAUCAUCAAGCUGCUGGGCCAAGGAACAUUUGGAAAAGUCGUUGAGGCUUUUGAUAGGCAGAAGAAAACCCGUUGCGCUAUCAAGAUCAUUCGAUCUGUCCAAAAGUAUCGUGAUGCCUCUCGUAUUGAACUUAGGGUCCUAUCGACCCUGGCAUCCAACGACGAAACCAACCGCAACAAGUGCAUACAUCUUCGGGACUGUUUUGACUUUCGAAACCAUAUCUGCAUCGUGACUGAUCUGCUAGGACAAAGUGUGUUUGAUUUCCUCAAAGGAAAUGGCUUUGUACCUUUCCCAAGCAGUCAGAUCCAGAGUUUUGCUCGCCAGUUGUUCACGAGUGUUGCUUUUCUCCAUGAUGUCAACCUGAUCCAUACCGAUUUGAAGCCUGAAAAUAUUCUCUUGGUGAACAACGCCUAUCAAACAUUUACGUACAAUCGCACAAUUCCCUCUUCAUCUCAUACCACCAACCGUACUGCCCGUCAGCGACGGGUGCUGCUAGACAGCGAGAUCCGGUUAAUAGAUUUCGGCUCUGCCACCUUUGAAGAGGAGUAUCACUCCUCCGUCGUCUCGACUCGCCACUACCGUGCUCCAGAAAUCAUCCUCAACCUUGGAUGGACGUUCCCCUGCGAUAUCUGGAGCAUCGGCUGUAUCCUAGUCGAAUUCUUCACUGGAGAUGCUCUCUUCCAGACCCACGACAACCUCGAGCAUCUUGCAAUGAUGGAGAGCGUCGUGGGAAGCCGGAUCGAUACCAAGCUGGUGAGACAAGUAAUGCAAGGACGUAAUGGAUCGAAUCCCGCUGCCAAGUAUUUCAACCGGACUAGGCUGGAUUAUCCGAACCAGGAUACUCCUCGGUCGUCUCGCAAAUAUGUAAAGGCUAUGAAGCAAUUGCAGGACUUCAUUCCUGCCAAUAAUUCCUUCAAUAAGCAGUUCCUUGACCUUCUCCGCCGGAUAUUCGUGUAUGACCCGUUCGCGCGAAUCAAAGCCAGUGAGGCCCUUAAGCACCCCUGGUUUAAUGAGUCCAUCAUAGACGAUGGCACCGAGGCCGUUCGCAUUGGCCAAAUGCAGCGAGAGAGAGCAAAUCGCGCAUAG